GCGGGGGGUGGGGAGCGGGCUGCGCGAGGCCGGGGGGCGCGCCUUGCCACCUGCAGCGCCCGGGCCCCAGGGGCGCGCUCGGCCCCGCCUGCGGCUCACGCGGGGGGUCCUUGCAGGUGGGAGUCCAGAGUCCUUCCGAGAGCCCAAGCCAUGGUGGCCAAACAGCGGAUCCGGAUGGCUAACGAGAAGCACAGCAAAAACAUCACGCAGAGGGGGAACGUAGCCAAAACCCUGAGGCCACAAGAAGAGAAAUAUCCUGUGGGACCGUGGCUGUUGGCACUGUUUGUUUUUGUUGUCUGUGGCUCAGAAAAGGUGCACUGUCCAGAGAUUCCAGCUGUGCAGCCAUCCUGGGUCUGCUCCCAGAUUGAUAACGCCUAUAUCAAGUCAUAGCUGCUUUUGGACUGGGCCACCAGGCACUCAUCACCUUACCUUUUCCUGGAUAUGUGCUCAGGGACAUAUUUGAAUUCACCAUGUUUGCAGGUCAACCACAUAAACACUGGCCUUUCCUGGAGACUACCAGAACAUUCCUGAACUGGUGACACCCAGAGGGAGUCUCUCCAGAGACUGGCAAGUGCGAUGUUUGAGAAACAGAGCAGCCCAGAGAAGCCCUUCUAUUUCACCACAGAGGAAAGAUGGAAGACAUGCAUCUACUCUGGAACUCCUGCCUCAAGAUCUGAGAUGGACAAUCUGGAAAGAUCUCAUCAGCCAUUGGCUCUCACAAGCUAUCUUCCAGAUCAUUCAGAGCAUAAGGAUGGGCAUGUGAGGAGGCCCGGGAUAUGACACUGCCCCUUCCGCUGGAGGGUAGAGGACCUCUUAAGCUCUUAGCCGGGUAUCUGGGAAGUGAGCAGGCGACACAGAAUAGGGAAAAAAAAAGAAAAAAAAAGCAUCUGCAGUUAUUCCCUGAUCACUUCAUCGUGGAUGUCAGACCACAUUGCCUUCUCGCAGGACAUCUUGGUACAUCCGUGCUCUGGAGCGGAAAAGACGCUUGCUUUUCUAUUGGCAGGAUGGGCAGCUCCUGGGUGCCUGCCGCAGUGCUCUCUUUGGUUCGGGAAUGCUUGCAUGUGGCACUCUGAAUGAUCACCGGCUUAUGUUCUAUGGAUACAAUCUCUCCUCCCCUGGGAACUGGUUUUAUAAAUAAAUGUCUUUGUUCAACCUUA